CGGUACGCUCGGUACAUGCCGAAGGCCCCUCCGCUCCUCGAUCCCUUCAAAAAGCCGGCCUCUGAGCCAAACCCGCCCACAUCCGCGCUCCUCGUCUACAACCCCGCUGGCGGCAAGAAGCGGGCUGCGAAGCUGGCCGACACCAUCGUGCUUCCACUGCUCAAGCAGGCCGGAAUCGCGGUGACGGUGGAGACGACAAAGCACGCAGGCCACGGCGUGGAGCUUGGGCGGACUUUGGACCUCUCCUCCGUAGACGCCCUUCUUGUCAUGGGUGGCGACGGUACCCUUGGCGAGGUCCUCGAUGGGUUUCUCUCUCGCGACGACGGCGCGGCCGCGAGGACCACAGUUGGAUUCAUCCCUGCGGGCACGGGCAACUCGUAUAUGCGCGAGGUGCUCGGGGUGCCAGCGUCGGGCGCCGCGGUCGGCGCUGCCGUCCAUGCCGCCGUCGAAGCCAUCGUCGGCGGCCGCUCUCGCGCCGUCGACUGCCAGCAGCUGGACAUGACUGGCCUUGACGGGAAGCCGCUCCGACGCUGCAGCAUCAACACCGUCAUGGCAGGGUUCGGACCGGAUGCCAACGCGGUGGCCGAGCGCCGGCGCUGGCUCGGCUCGAUGCGCUACUCUGUGAGCAUUAAGACGGAGAUCCUCAAGUUGCCGUGGCGCAAGAAGCUGCCCUGCUCGCUCAGCGUGGACGGAGGCUCGCCGCAAGAGAUGGAGGACCUCUUCCUCUUCUCCUGCUUCGUCAACAAGCACACCGGCGUCCGGCACCGCCUCGCACCGUACGCGCAGCUCGACGACGGCCUGCUCGACCUCGCCUACACCACGCGGCCGCUCCGCUCGAUCGCCACCGCCGCCAAGGUGGACGAGAUGAUCAAGGGCGGCGGCAAGCACGUCCACGCCACCAGUCUGCUCAACGUGCAGCAGGCGAGCCGUGUGCGGCUCGAGACGGACACACCCGCGCGGCUGAUGGUGGACGGCGACAUCAUCGGCUUCACGCCGCUUGACGUCGCCGUUCGCGCCGAGGCGUUCCGCCUCUUCACGCCCGCCUCUCCCGCGCCGUCGUGAGGCCGCGCAUCGGCGUCCUCGCACGCUGCGCGGAGAGGCGAUCCAAGUACGACAGUGGCGCGUGGCUCUAGCCGCCCUCCACAAAAUGCCCUUGCGCAUGAUGCAUGACUAUUACUCCUAGGCCUCUCUUACUAGCCUUGCAGAGAGUGCAUCUCACUCUGCCUCAAGUCUACAGCGUUUGUGCAGCAGCCAGUACUCUGGCUUAGGCAUCUUCCCUCCUCUCCGCACUCCGGACACAACACUGAUCCCUCUCUCUAUGCGGUGCGCGCACUCUCUCGAACACUACAGUCACUUCUCAGUUCUCACAGCUACGGCUUUAUCUCCGAUGGCGCGAUGCGCGCGCAGCCGGCGCUCACAGCACAGCGGACCCGGGGCGCGGGGGACCCAGUCUUGAGUCUAGUUACGUACUGGUCGUAGUGUGUGUUCGUCGCGGCGGUACGUGCGCUCGUGCCUCGUGCUCGUCCGCGUUUCGUUCUAUUCGUAUGGUUGUGCACACAAAAAA